AUGUUUCUUCACUCGGGCGCCAGCCUCCACGGGCACGAGUACUCCAACAGACACCACGCAACCGCUGGACAGGCUGCUCCUCGGCGGAACUCACUGCUUCGAUCUUCAUUCAGCACGCCCGUAAACCGAUCACCACCCUAUGUAGACUCUUCUUCACCUUCUCCCAAUUUUAGGACCACUACUAGCUCAUCAUUGAAGAAAACACGGCAGCGGCCCGUGUCGGACUAUUCGCCAAACGCACCAGAGACUGUCGUUCGUUUUAUGGAACCACUCGAGCAUGUUGCUCAUCCUCCAACAAAUAACCCGGAAGCGAUGCACGAGGAUGGUGCAUCAACCGUUGUCUCCGUAUCGGACAGCGAGACGAGUCGGGCUGCCUCUUCCACGCGCCAGAUUAGACGUCGCUCAGCGAGACUGCAUACAUCAUAUCUGCUCGCUCAAGCACCCCCAAGCUUAAAUAAGAAGCAGCGCUUACUUCAUAUUCGCCCGAAACUGCUUUUACAACUGCAGCAGGUACCGGAUGGUCAGCGGCCAAGGCCCGUGAUCGACGUCUAUCCCACGUCGGGCAUUGUCAACACUGCCAUUGCAGCGCAUCUCUGCAAAAGGUUUCCCCGUCUAUCGAGAAUCAAGAGCGAAAAAUCUAUACAAGAUGUGCUGUUAUUCAAGAGCGAGGAUUAUACAGCGCCUGGAUUUGAUUCGGAUAGUGAUGGGGACGUUGAGAGCAUAAAGGACCGUGACAUUAUUGCGAUAUUGAGCCCGCUGGCUGGACAGGACAAGGCGGAAAUAGCUCUGCCUGAUGGAACUGUUUGGGUGGCUGCUCCUCGUGUCAUUGGCGGCGUCAAAUCGUACGAGUUCACCACAGUGGACCAGCAUGGCAUCACGACAACGGCUCGGUGGGUGCGGAGGCCAAUGAACGGUAAAUCCCAACCGAGCACGAAACCGUCCACGCCACCAAUGUCGCCUGGUGCAUCCUCACACCCACUGUCACCCUCGACUGUAUCAUUUCCAUCUCUAUCAGACUCGCCGCCGCCGAACUACAAGUUUACUUUUAGCAUUAUCGAUCCUAGCUCUCGUCGUCAUCCUAUCAUGGCGACGCUACAGCCCUCGUCCCUGGAUAUUCAAGACUCAUACACUACCGUUUCGCAAUCUUCAAGCAAAUAUCCACCAACGUCGCCGCAGUUGGGCAGUCCCGAUAGCUCCGACCCUGACCACCAGGCGACUACGGAGAGGACGACCCUGCCAGUGGAGGAGUGGCAGAAAUGUUUCAUUCAGAUUUCGGCUCUAUGGGUGGCCCUUCGACAUGGCUGGGUGCCUCACUACAAGCCUGGUGAUUUUAUUCGCGAAUCAACGGGUGCGGAUUCACCAGUGGCAACAAAGACGCACAACCGAAGUCGUUCCUAUAGCACAGGUACUGAUGUCGGUCAGACGGGCGUAUCGCGUGGAUGCAGCGGGCGAAAACGCCACAGCCAGCCGCCGCCACCAAAGGGGGAGAGCCCUGCUAUGCCUGGGUUUUUGCCUAGGAGAGCGACUUCGACAGGUGCUGCACGGAUGCAAAAGAUACGGGCCGAAAAGUUGUCAGACGCCACCGAGACUAAUGAGACAACCAUGGGAUGGAAAAAAGGCAGACGCGUGUUGAGCUGUGACUGGAAUGGAAGCUUUGCCAACCGACAUUCCACCGCACUCGCCAACAUUCAAGACGUGGAAUUUGCUCAGAACACGCCUGAGCGAAGUGGGGACAAGAUCGAGGCUGUAUCAUCAGCGAAACCAAGUAUGAUAACACCAAGCAAACGGCCAAUGUCAGAAUUGAUUAAUCAUACACCGCACCCAUCGUUCACCAACGAGAAUCAUACGGCGACGACGAUCAAUGGACAGCGACCCAAUCCCUUGAAGUCAUCACGAGGAGCAGUCACGGAGCAAGAAACAAAGACUCGAAAGCACCAUAAAUGGAAGAGCGUGACCAACUGGUUUACUAAGCUACGAGCCCGCUAG